AUGGCGACGGCGGCAGCAUCUCGGCCCAGCGGCCCUGUCCUUCUGAGCCCCUUCCCCAACUACCAAUCCGCCUCGCUCUCCCGCGUCAAGCUCUCCGCCGGUGGCUCGCCGGUCAAGUCCAUCAGCGCCCUGUCUCCCCCCUCCUCCCCCUCGGCCGCCACCAAGAUCCGUCGGUCCUGCAUGUGCUCCCCGACGAACCACCCGGGCUCGUUCCGUUGCAGCCUCCACAAGGAGCGCAAGCAGGAUGCGGUCCCGGCCGUCAGCAGCAAGCAAGCCUCCCCGCCUUCGCCGCCGCCCAUCGGCAGCGGCCGCUCUAGGCGCAUGGUAAACGUGCUGGCGCAGCGCGUCCCCAUGGGGAGCGGGCACUGGGCACGCAGAGCACUGGCGCCGUCUCCCUCGGUACAGCAGCUUCAGCAGAGGAAGCGCGCGGACCGGUUUCGCGCCGGACCCAGCCGGCUCUCCGGCGUCUCCAUGGCCGGACGCCGCGCAGGCGGCAGCCAGUAA